ACUCACACAAUCUCCUUCCAGCUCUCAGCUCUCAGCAUCGGCUACUUCUACUGAACGUCACAAAAUGGAAGGGCCAUCCCAGCUGUUGUCGUUGAAAGUUAUGCGGGUCUCUCGACCUGCACUUGCCGCGGCAUGGACACCCUUUUACUCGAGCUCACCGUCAUUUUCUGCGCACUCUACUGCUUCAGUCAUAUCACUACAGGGCAAGACACCCCUGCCUGGUCACCCCAAGACCCUCCGCGAUUUGACCCACAUCUCAGAGAUGCUCACUCUUCCGUCCGCGUUUGGUGCAAUCCAGCUGGGUGAAACGUUCUCUAGCUGCCUCGUUGUGAACAAUGAAACGUCAGGGGAGAUUGAAACAGUUACGCUCAGAGUAGAGAUGCAGACCGCCACGACUAAGCAAGUUUUGGCCGAAUACGGAGGACCGGACUAUCGACUUGCUCCAGGAGAUGCAAUGGAGAACGUGGUUCAUCAUGAGAUUAAGGAGCUUGGGCAACAUGUCUUAGCUUGCACUGUGUCAUAUCAUCUCCCUCCAGGACACAAGCCUGUGCAUCCCGCUGGCGAAGGACACGACCCCGGUAUCCAGUCAUUCAGGAAGUUCUACAAAUUCGCCGUAACCAACCCUCUGUCUGUUAAGACCAAGGUUCACGUACCGCGUGCACCGUCGGCAUUGCUUUCCUCUACGGAACGCGAGAAGGUCUUCCUCGAAGUGCACACACAGAACCUAACACCGGAUGCCAUGUGGCUCCAGAGGAUGCGCUUUGAGGCGGUCGAAGGAUGGAAUGUACAAGAUGUCAAUACAUUGCUCGCCCCACACAACAAAGACGGUGAAACAAUAUUCUCGGAUUCCAUGGCGCUCAUGCAGCCACAAGACACUCGGCAAUAUCUUUACAUUCUAUCACCAAAAGAGCUGUCCCCAUUUCCCGUUAACCACUCCCCUGGUUCUAUCAUACCUCUUGGCCGACUGGACAUCUCAUGGCGUUCCGCAUUUGGUGAACCUGGUCGCCUCUUGACAUCGAUGUUAUCUCGCCGUAUACCCCUCAUACAGGGAACAGGAUCCGGUCAAGCACCGGCACCCCCGCCCAAGCAACUUGUCUCCGCCUUGCCCCUGCAUCUUCAACGUUCAAACACCACGGCAAGCGGAGCUGGUACUCCGCCAAGAGUAGGUUCCCCUCAGCUUGGACAGCGUCCCAUGAGUCCGCCCACCACUGGGAGCGCACCUGCCCCAUACCGACCAGGAUCGCCUUUCCGUACGCGGAUUGGCGCAGGCUCCUUGUCCAACCUGCCACAGUCUCCAACUGUGGUCGCCGCUCCUCUGCCUAACCCGGCUGUGCGUAGAACAGAUGAGAUUGUUGAUGCCCACCUUGUCGUUGCAAGUAUAACGCGAGAUCAUAUAUGCUUGGAGAAGCCGUUUAAGAUCGGCUUCAUCGUCACCGUAUCAGCACCUGUAGCCUCUUCCGUCGUCGGACAACCUCGUAAACAGCGUGUCCUCUCGUUGGUAGUACAACACGUUCAGCCCGCCCGUCCCGUUACCGCUCCUGCUCCAGCCGCUCCAGCGCCCUCUACUAUCGACACAUGGUCACCACGAGUGCCGUCCUCCGGAUUUUCUACCCCUUCGCCGUACGACACCCCCCACAGAGGGGACUUCCCGGACACUCUAGCGCAAAGGUUGACGUAUGCCUCGCCACGAAAGACGGCGUCUGAUGUAGCGAGCGAUACCGACGCCGAGACAGACGGUGGCGAUCUAACUCCAGCUCCUCCGACAAGAGAAGAGCGUAUCACAGUCGUGCUUCCGCCGCCGUUUGCCGUCGCGGAUUCCUCUACCAAGGAUCAGCCGCGCCCCCAGGACGUCAGGUUCCUUGGCCCCUCCGCGGUCUUCCUGCCUCAACUACGCUUACUGGGUCUCCAGACUAGCGGGACCGACGAUCCGAGCACGCCAGGCCAUCGCCACAACCUGAGCGAGAGCAGCGUUGAAAGCGAAGCUGACAGUGAUAUGCACGAGACGCUCGUCCCCCGGCUCCCGCGCACACUGGGCUCACAAGACUUCGAGCUUGAGUUCGUGCCAUUGAAAGCAGGCUUUGCAACGGUAGGUGGGCUGCGUGUCAUGGUAAUAGAGGAUCGGGUCGUCGAGGGAGAGGAAGCGCAAGGGAGCGAACGGCUUAUUUGUUUGCCGGAGGCUAGGACUUUGAAGGAAUGGGAUGUGGUUGCAGAGGUGUGGGUAAAGUCGCGAGAGGACUGAGGUAGGGUUAGGUUGUUUAGGUGUGAGGAUAAUCCGUUGCACCCGUGUUAUAGGCACUCACCUGUUGCGUUCUAACAGAAUAUUUACUGGUAUUCCUGGAUGCAUUUUUUUGCCCUUAGGCUUUGAGUAAGCGCACGCAUAUACAACAAUGACUGAUCACUCAUCUGCGCAAAGUGCGAGUGCCAUUCUUGGGAUUCUGCGCAAGCUAGUUUCCCCACCAGACAGAUAUUGCUACCACGUCUGGUGCGUACUUAUCCUGAGGACCACGUAAAGGUCUGCGCAUGGCCAGAGGUCGAAUAACGACUAAUCGAUGUCUCUGCC